AUGUGGACGAAGCAUGCUGAUUUUCUACCCACUGUGUCUGAUAUUUGGCUUUCUCAAAUCAAUGGUUUCCACAUGUAUUCUGUCUACACAAAGUUAAAAAGGUUGAAAGGAGCUUUGAAGUCCUUGAAUAGAAGACACUUUGGUAAUAUAAGUGAGAAAGUCAUAAGAGCAAAAAUUGAGAUGGAGGAAAUUCAAAAGAAACUUCAAGAUGAUCCCCUCAACCCUACAUUUAUCUGUCAUGAAAGGAAAUCUAUUGCUCUAUACAAUAAACUCUUGGAUCAUGAAAUUUCUUUCUAUCAGCAGAAAGCAAGAACUGCCUGGUGUAUUCAAAGUGACAGAAAUACUGCACUUUUCCAUUCUGCUAUUAAAGCAAACAGGCACAAAUAUAGAGUCUCAAUUCUCUAUAACAGCCAUGGAGAUAGGCUUACUGAUGGGGAAGAGAUAGUAAAAGAGUUUGUCUCUUAUUAUAAAAGAUUAAUGGGGACUGCAAUUCAUACUGUUAAACCUGAUAGACAUAUCACACAAAAUGGAGCAUGUCUGAAUUCUAGCCAAGCAAGUGAACUAUCUAAGCCAGUCACAAGUGAAGAAAUUAGAGCUGCCAUCUUCUCAAUGCAUGAUAAUAAGGCCCCAGGCCCCGAUGGGUUUAAUGCUUUCUUUUACAAAUCUGCAUGGUCCUGA